GAUUUUUUCGAGGGUUAUACGGGGAAACCGGUCCUGGAUGGGUAUGUCCGGGAUGACCGCUUCCUGUGCCCGCCGUUCCGCCGCUGAACUCUGUUCGCACGAGUGAGUUGGGUCGAAAACGGUCAGCCUAUAGAUGCACGGGGUUUCUGCGAAGCAGCACCUUCCACUAUCUACCGAGUAGGGUCAUCUUCUCUCUGGUUCGUUCGAGAUUGUCCGUGAUACCGACGGGGGAGUCGUUCGCGGAGGGUGAAGCAGAGAAUUUACUUCAAGGCUGACGGUGGAGUUGAGGUUAAGUUCAUCUACGAGUCUCGGAUUUGUCGCCGGGCUCGGCUCGCAAGAUCUCGUAACUGGGUCCGAGAGUAACGAUAAUUGUGUAUAUUAGGGCUUCCUCCAGCGUUCGGUUGUAUUCAUAUUGUAAUAAUAGUAUGGCAAAGAUGGGGUCUCUUUGUGACUUCGUCGGUCCUCCACUGACCGGAGAAGUCACUACCGGUUUGAUAGACGAUGCUCCUCGAUACUGUGACCGCUCCGAUCUCUUUGACGAGGUACAGCCUUUUGCUAUCUAUUUAAGGGAUUAUCCCCAAGUCACGGUUACCUCCGAUAUGUUGGCUACUCGAGACUCGGCACGUACCGUCGGAGGUAGAGACCUUUUCCUUCCGGUCGAAGAUAGCGCUUUCAAACGAAUCCUCAGUGUAUGGAGAGAGAGAGGAUUUGUGGAUGCAAUUCGUGCCGCUUCCAACGAGGAUCCUCAAAGAAUCACCAGGGUGUUGCAUUGGACUGUAACAAAGCUUAAAUGGACAUUUGACGCUAUAGAGAGGACGAUAUCCCGAGGAGAAGGCAUACCCACGUCAAGAUAUGAAUCCGUUGCGGACAUAGCCACCACUCGAGACUGGGCAACUGCACCUAUUCGUUGCCUGUGUUGGCAUCCACACUGUGCACGCCUUGCAGUGGCUACAAAAGACGAUCGCAUUAGAGUCUUCUCUAAAGGUACAUCCGGUGUUGCCAUUCUGAGGCACAGUGCCCAAAAAUCUGUAUGCUCCGUAAGCUGGAGGCCGAACGCAGGUCGAGAACUUGCAGCUGCGUGUCAAACAGGCGUGCUAAUUUGGACGGUGGAAUUAGGAGUAGCGAGCAAUUCCCUUAGUCAUGCUCUGCUUUUGCGACAGAGAAAUCAUUCACCGGUCACUAACGUCGCCUGGCAUCCUCAGGGCGAUCUCUUAAUAUCGUGUUCCCCUGCCGACAUGAAUAUGCUCGUUUGGGACGUUUCAAGAGAGAUUUGCGUCCCAUUUAAACGAAUAGGUGGAAAUGGGCUGUGCUUUGCUCGCUGGUCGCCUUGUGGAUCGCGAUUGUUCUCGGCCACCAGCCGUGCGAUUUUCAGAGUUUGGAACACGGGAAAAGGCACUGCCUGGGAUGCCGAGAAAUGGAAGGUUCCGAACGGACGCGUUGCCGAUGCUUGCUUUGGGCCACAUUUAACAUUGCUAUUCACCUCAACCGAGGAUCCAGCAACCGUAUUUUCCUUACCACUGCAAGAAAACAUAUUCGAUGUGAAAGAUACCAUAGUUCCCAGUGGCAUAAAAAUCGCAGUGCCUUUGAUCGAUCUGUCGAGGGUUUACUUUCCAACAGUGGACGGAGAGAUUUCUGUUGGCGGAAGAAUAGUAGCCAUGGAUUGGGACCCUUCGGGAAAAUACCUUGCAAUUAUCUUCCGAGAUAGUCCGGUGGUCGUCCUCUAUCGAACAAGAGCCAUCAUCGGAUCGAGAAUAACCGAUGUCUCUCCAGGAUGCAUCAUCAAAGGAUUCUCCGACGAAGUGCCCGACUGCAUGCAAUUUUAUCAGAACUACGACCCGGACGUGAACUCGAUUUGCCUCACCAUCGCCUGGAGUAGCGGACGAGUGCAACAUUUUCCUAUCGUGUUCAGCUCGCAGCGUGUAACGAGUCGCUCGAUGCACUCAACGACGGUGCGCUUCGGGAGCAGCAAUCUGCAGGACAUAUCGUUGCACAAUUAUUCCUUGUCGCAUUAGAGGACACGCAUUCCGAGCUGGGAACCAUCCUCCCUUUCUCGCGGACUGAAGACACCGAUAUCUACUUCUACGGAAUGCCUCACGCAGAGCGUUUCUAUUUUUAUGACAUUAAAAGGAAUCCUUCUCUAGUCUUUUACUCGCUCCGAAUACGAGGGUCGCUUAUUUCGAGUCCCGGUCUACAUUCGCGCCUAGUAUAAGGUAUACAAUCUAAACGGGUGUUGAAAAUUCGAUUUUAGAGUACAACCGACAUGGGAAAUCGGUAGACGUCGGCGAUAUAUUUCUCCGACACGAAAUACGUUUUACAUAAAUUAAGGGUAUACGGGAUCAUGUGAAUCCUUUCGGAAGAGGCGUAACCGGGGUCGACCACCUAGAAAAACAUACGUCGACAAAAAAAAACGGGUAAAAAGACAGAAACGUCGAAUCUUGUGGCAGAACAUGUCAAAGGGUAGGUUCGAAUCUUCGAAAACCUACCCUUUUUUCCUCCUCCUCCCCCGAGUAUUCACAGUUCCUCGCCUCUCCUCGGCCUGCCUCGAGCAUAUUAUUUUAAAAACGCGCACGCACAUGCGGCUGUAGUACGAGGUUGACAGGUGCCACGACAAAAAAGCAAGAGGGGUAGAGAGCGAGAGAAAGAGCGUAGUACACAUAAUGUAAGCACGGAGGGCUGGCAGACCACAUGUGCCACUCUAUCACUUAUCUACUCGUAAUGCGAUGUAUACAACCGGACGGUGCAUGGUGCAUGCGAGGGGUUGCACUUUACGGCUGCGGUCUACUCGGCGACCAGUCCGUCCGUACUCGAUGUAUGGUUUUGCAACGAUCUUUCUGGCAAGGGAAAUAAGUAAAAUGUAAAGUGUCUCUCAUCGGUUUAGUAGCAAGUGCAUAAAGACAGUUGCAGCAUUCCGUGCACCUCGCCGUUUGCCAGGAAAAGAGGGAAGAAUUUUCUCGCUCUUUUACCCUCGGCAAAAAGCUGAAGAAAACAUCGCAAAUUCGUCCUCUCGCACGCGACCAGGUUCGAAAAAAGUAGGAGCCAGAUAGAAUAAGGCAAAGUCGGAAUGCGCGAGUAUAACAGCUAUCGCACGCGCGCCCGAAUGUCAAAAUGCCACUGUUAGUAUACGACGCGUGUGCGGCAGCUGCAUUGACAUUUUUUUGUCGAAGGCUCGUUGCUCGGACCAAGGGGAGCCGGGCCCCUUCUCCCCUCCCGCCGGCGCAUCUCCUUACGCCGAGGAUCCCGAGAGCGACCCUUCUUCUUUCGCUUCUUUUUCUCGAGGAUUUUUCCUCAUUUUUUCAUUGGCCCCGAAGGACAACGGACUGUCCAGAUCGACCGCAAAGGAACACUCCGUGCUCCUGAGAGCAAUUAAGGCAAAACACGAGGAAAGGUGUCGGGUUCCUUGAACGUCUGCUCCCCGAUAAAUAAAUCGGUGACAGGACCUCGAAGAUAUCCAUUGGAACGAGGUCCUCUGCACCUUUAGAAUUAAAAAAACGACCACAAUUGUA